AUGUCCCGGCUAGCCGCCGAGGUGCCGGAAGCUGGCAUACAUUUUCAAAAAAGUUUCAUCUACCGCCGUCAAGAAGACGCCAAGAACGGCGUAACUUCCUUCGAUUCCAUGUUUAUCCACAAUCCAUGGUAUAGUCGUCUCUUCCCGGACUUUCGUGAACUCAGUGAGCAUGAACUGCCCAAAGGGGUUAGUUCCGGCUGCCAAUUUACCGGAAUAUGCAUCAACACUGCUAUUUACUUGCCGUGGCUCGUCGGGCAGUGCAGGAGGCUCGGUGUGGUGUUUCGACGGGGUAAUGUAUCAGACAUCAACCACCUCAAAGGUAUGCAUCACACUGGAGGGAAGGUUGACGUCAUAGUCAACGCGUCUGGGCUGGGCUCCAGGACCCUGGGCGGUGUGGAGGACGAAGAUAUGAUUCCGAUCCGCGGGCAAAUUGUGCUCGUGGAGAAUGAAUCACCGUCCAUGUACAACAUUUCUGGAACCGAUGAUGGCGCUGGGGAGGUAUCGUAUGUCAUGACAAGAGCUGCAGGAGGCGGCACAGUCCUUGGUGGGACCUAUGAAAAGGGUAAUUGGGAUCCAAACCCUGACCCUAGAACAAGCGAGCGCAUCAUCAAAAGGUUAUUCGCUCAAGUGUUGGUCGGCGGCCGUACCGGAAAUCAGGUGUCCGAUUGGAGGCAGACUUUGCGGCCUGUAGUGACGGGACACUUGUCGUUCACAACUAUGGACAUGCUGGGUGGGGUUAUCAAGGCUCUUAUGGCUGUGCAGAAUAUGUUGUCGAGAUUGUAA